AUGGUUCUCUUGAAAGCUAUGAUAGCACAGUUGAUAGGCUCAAUGAUUCUUGUUGGUGUCAUCAGUCAACAUAGUGGCAGUCAUUCCAAUCACAGUGAAUCUAAGCAAGACGUUAGUACAUCAACGCUGGUGAAUGGUCCGAUGUCAUCGGAAAAUGUUGAUAUGCUGACAUUUACUCAAAGUUUCAUGAGUAAUACAACAGUAUCAGAUGCAAACAAAAUUCUUCGAACUUAUUCCAUUGCUAGACCUCCUUUGGUCGCAGCUUCCCGUAGUAUCGUGCCAUCUGAGAGUCAUACAUUUGACUCUAUAUUCGACAAAAAGUCAGUGCCGGAGACAAAUCUAAAAUCUCACUCAAAUUCUGAGUUUGCAACAACAGGUAGACCAGAACCGCAUUUGCAACCUAAAACAGAUCUGAAACCUGAACCACAUUCUAGACUCGAUGCGGUCGUGGAACCUGAAUCGCAUUCUGAACCUGAAAGGAAUCUGAAAUUUGAACCAGAUUCUGGACCCGAUGUGGUAGUGGAAGCCAAACCUACUUCAAAACCUGAAACGAAUCUGGAACCAGAGCCAGAUUAUGAGCUCAGCAGCAGUCCAGAACCUGAAACAACUCCGGAGCCUGAGCCAGGUUCAGAACCAGAAUUAAAUGCUCAAUACGAAAUAAGUCCAGAGCCUCAGCCGAAUCCGCAAUCUGAACCAAACCAAAAAUCUGAAUUAAAUCUUCAGCCCGAACCAACUGCAAAACCCAGUAUAUUAUAUUCGACUAGUUUUUCUCGUCAUCAAUCCAUGCCCGUCACCACAGCACAACAAAUUUUUUACCAAUUCGCUGACAGUUCUUCGAUCUUGCCUCUACAUUCAUCUGAACUAUCAGUUACCAAAACUAUUCAGAAAGAUUCUCAACCAUUUCCUGAACCGGAAUCAGGGAAUGUGCUUAGUAAUACUAUAAAAACGUCAUCUCAAAACAGCGCUUUCAAAGAUGAAAUUGAUCAACUCGAUGAAGAAAUUUAUAGCAGCAGCGAAGAUUCGUCAAAACCAGAUACCAUUGAUAAUGAAGCCAUUGAAGAACUGGUUAAUCGAUUCUUAAGUAGUGAUUUAACAACAGAUGCAAAAGAAACAAAACUAAAUAAAGAAGCUCUGAAACUAAUUAAUUCAAGCAAAUACUGGAAUGUAGACAAUUUGGAGCCAGAAGGUUCUAUACAUGAUAGCUCUAAAGCACGAGAGUGGAUGAAUGGAUAUGCAGUUGAAGCACAGAAAGUGUUACGUGAAGUAGCUAUAGCAGGAUGGAAUUACGUGACGUCUGUAUCGCAUCUUACUAAACAAUUUCUUGAUGAAGCAGAAGAGAUUCUAGCAAAAUUCGUGAAAAGUAGUUCAAAGCAAGCGAAACAGUUCAAUAUUGAAUCAAUUGAAGAUCCUUUACUAAGGCGCCAAUUCGAGCUUCUUUUGGUUGAAGGAAUCAGUGCAUUAGAUGAUGCAGAUUUUGAAGAAUAUACAGAACUCCAAAAAUUGAUAUCAAAAACUUAUGUGGAAACUGCUAUAUGUGAAGUGAACAGUACGACAAUGUGUCCUUACAGAAUAUCCGAUAUUGCAACUAUAAUUGCUCGAGAAAACAACAGCUCACGAGCAUUAUUUUUUUGGAUCAAAUGGCGUGAUGCAUUAAGUCAAAAGCUUGCUGCUUCUUAUGGUCGUUUAAUUGAACUUAUUAAUAAAGGAGCAAAACUGAAUGGUUUCCCAGAUGGAGGAGUGAUGUGGCGCAGUCCUUACGAACUUUCUACUGCACGACAUAAUAGGAUCAAUGAUAGUGGUACUCAUGCUCUUCUGCAGCGAUUAUAUCAACAGAUUAAUCCAUUUUAUAAACAGCUCCAUGCAUAUAUAAGACGUCAAAUUGCUGGCCUAUACGGUACAUCAAAUACACUAGGUCUUACACGAGAUGGUCCUAUCCCAGCUCAUUUACUUAAAAGUGUGAGUAGCGACAACUGGAUUGCUUUCUAUCCGGAUACUAAGCCAUUCCAAGAAAACAAUGAUCUUUCAAAAGAAGUACAAGAAAAUUUACAACAACAAAAUUAUACUGCAAAAGAUAUGUUUAAACAGGCUUAUAAAACCCUCCGGAUGCUUGGAUUUGACAAGUUGCCAUCAAGUUUUUGGUCAAAAUCUAUUUUCACAAGAACUUGGAGUAAAGAUAUGAUUUGUUAUCCACCAGCAGCAUAUGAUAUGAGAAAUGGCAGUGACUACAGAUUAAAGGCAUGUCCUGAGCUCAGCUUAAUGGACUUUAAACUAGCUCACAAGUUACUUCUUCAUAUCUAUUAUUAUUAUUCAUAUCGUGAACAACCGGUUGUAUUUCGUGAACCACCCAACCCAAGUUUCCUAAUGGCUGUAACAGAUGCGUUUGCAAUAAAUGCUCACAAUGUGGAGUAUUUGAAAAAACUGAAACUGAUCACAUCCAAGUCAACCAUAACUCAUUCAAGAAUUAUCAACCGUUUAUAUUUCGAAGCAUUGAAAGAAUUUGUCAAAUUACCAUUUGAAAUUGCUGUGGAUAUGUGGCGAUUUCAUGUAUUUGAUGGCACUUCAACAAAUCAAACUUGGAACUCUGACUGGUGGCGAUUAAGUGAAUUAUUCCAAGGAAUCAAAUCACCAGUUGAGCGCAAAUCUACUGAUUUUGAUGCCAUCGCUUUUUCAACAGUUGCUCAGACACAUGCCCCAGCUAUCAAGCAGUUCUUCGCUUAUAUUAUGCGGUUCCAAAUUUUAAAAGCACUGUGCCCCAACGCAACUAUUUUGAGUGAUGGGUGUGUGUUAGAACCUGAUUCAGUUAUUGAAAAAAUCAAAAACGUGAUGUCACUUGGUUCGUCAAUUACUUGGCGCCAAGCACUAGAACUUAUUACAGGUAGUAGAGACGUCAAUGCAAGUGCUAUGCUGGAAUAUUAUCAACCGCUUAUAACUUGGCUUGAGGAAGAAAACACCAGAGAAAAUGUUUAUAUUGGUUGGGAUGGAUCUGGAGAAAAUUUUAUUGCAUCCGAAAUACCAAUUCUGAAAAAUAGCAGCAAGAAUUCAUCACCUGAAGUCUUAUAUGGAAAUCAGUUUGCAUUCCCAGGAGGUGAUUGUUCAAAUGGAAGAGAAUGUUUGCUGGAAUCUGUUUGCGUAAAUGACAUCUGUGAAUGCAGAGAAGGCUUGUAUACUCUACGAAUUGGCGACACACACAGUUGUGUUUCUGAGAAUCCUAUUAAUGCUGGAUUUGGAGACAACCAAGGUGGCUUAAUUAUUGGUUUACACCCUGUUGAUAGAAAUGAUGUAGAACCAUUCCCUGAGCCUGAAAUCAAUGACAAAGAAACAAGAGUUGAAACUUUGAGUGACGAACCUAAUCCUAUACCUGAAUCAAAAAAAUCUUCUGAAUGUUCAAAAUUACUUGGUGCACUUUUACCUUUCGUUGCUUUGAUGAACUUACUGUAA